CGAGCGUUGUCGUCUUCUAUUCGAUCGAUACUAGCAACGAUCAUGCAUGUACCAUUUUGUUUUUCCCCGUCAUAAUGCUAACACCAAACGACGACAUGCCAUGGCGAUGGACCAUGGCAUCUACGCCCAAUGAAGCCAGCCACGACGAUGUCGAAACAGUCGGUUCUUUGGCCACUACAAUGCCAUCCGUGUUGUACUCGGACGACGCGAUGUUGUUCCUGUCGUCGUCACUGACGGAAGACCAGCGUGCCGUCUUGGCGGACUGCAACCAAAUGCGAAAUUUCGGCCGCCCUGGCUACGAACAUGAAUGGGCCCCCUCUGAGCACCAAGCGUCCGCGGCGCUUGCUGACGCCCCCCCAGCAGCAGCAGCGGCAUCUCCGCUUGCUCUGGCCGAGGCGUGGUCGGCAGAUUUGCUUCAGAACGUUUGGUCCCACGCCGACAACACCAACACCCACCUCGCCCUCAUGGGCGGAGGUAUCGUCGUCGCAUUCGUGGCUGUCGUGGCGCUAAUUGUCACUCGCAUCACUGGCCCAUCUACAUCGCAUCACCUUCGAGCUACAUUCGACGAGGACGGCGAUGAAUUCGACCCCGACGACGUAUACCAUCCGUUGCUUUAACUUCUUUGACCUGUAACUUGCAUAACGUCUAUUUUUGACCUUUCCG